UCGAGAGCGGUCUCGUAGUAGUAGUACUCGAUCUGUCAUGGCGUGUGGACUGUGAGGUGUUGUCUAUCCCGAACUGGUGUUUCAUUCAUUAAAUUACAGUGUUUUUUAUCGAUUCCCAACCACAUCGUGAGCCUUUUCACUACGUGCAGUGUGACGAGACUCGCAAUGACCCAUUGCUGAAGUGCUUGUGGCUGAGGAAGAGUUGAUUUCUUGCGGAUGAAAUGUGGGUGCCAGCUAACAAUAAAUACGGAGUGGCCAUCCACAAUUGGCACGGAGACGUUCGCCAUGGACUGCCCUUGGACGUUGGUGAUUCUGUGGAGAUCCUGGAAGAGUGCGGACCGUGGUUUCGCGGCACCUGCCCGAGAAGACCAAGACUCGUUGGUCUCUUCCCGAAAUCCUACAUUCACAUGAAAGAUCUGAGCAAAGUGGAUCCAGUUGUGGCUGAAUGUACUCAAGUGCUACGCGAAUGGUCGGAGAUAUGGAAAAAAUUAUUUGUGGAAAGGGAAACCUACAAGUUCACUACAUUGAGAAAGGUGAUGCUUUCACUGUUGGAGAGUCGACGUGAAUUGCUGGGACUCACCUUAACACAAGAUCAAACGCUAGAGCUGCAGUUGAAAGUCAUUUCGAAGAUAGACUGGGGAAAUCGAAAAUUAUGUCUGGACUUGGUGCCAAGGAUUGGACCAUUAGCUGUGAAUCCACACAACAUUGGAAUAGUGUCGCUGCACAAUGUUCACGUGAAUAGUGCUGAAAAUGCCAAAGCGUCUUCUAGUCGAGGAACAUUGCGACGGAAGACAACCAAAACGAUCCUCACUCAUCAUCUAUACUUCUGCAUGAGGGAUUUUGGGCAUAGAAUUGGAGAUGAUGCUGAAGUCUAUUUCUACCUUUAUGAUGGCAAUUCCAAUCGCAUGCGCGCGCUUUCUGAGCGCUUCCUGGUCAAGAUAUCCAAAGACGGCUUCUCCAACUACAUCGAGAAGCUCCACAGCAAUUGCACAGUGUUCACGGACUUGGGCGUGUCUGAUCUCAGCGGAGAUCUCUAUCUGGUGGCCAAUGUAAUGCGAGUGGGCAGAAUUCUGCACUCGGAGAGCAUCAAGAAGGGUGACAAGCUGGUGGGAUCGCAGAGUUACCGUCGUCCUUAUGGCGUGGGCGUUUUGCCGCUGGGCGAAAUUGCCAACUAUGACAGCUCAAUUGAGCCUGAGGAGAAGGAGUUCAGCUUCAAGAUAUUCCAGUGUGAGGAGAAGGAUUUCCAUCAACUGCACGAGCUAAUCAUCAAGAAGGCAAGCGGAAAAUUCUCUCCAAUCAAUGCUAGUGGUCAGAAUCACUACGGAUUGGUGGUGUCGCUGAAGCUCCUGCACGGCGGUCUGGGUCAGGCGAAGCUGGAGCAGCCUCUGCUCUUCCAGGGCACGACCAUCACACGGAAGAUGGGCUUUCCGGACGUAAUAAUGCCGGGAGAUGUGCGAAAUGAUCUAUUUCUGACCCUGGAAAGGGCGGAAUUUGAGCGCGGCGGUAAGAGUACUGCCAAGAACAUUGAAGUCACUGUCCUGGUGUACGAUUCUACCGGAAAGAUCCUUAGCGAGUGUCUCUGGGGAGCUUCUGGCAUGGAACCCUGCAAUACCUAUCGCACAAUGAUUCUUUAUCAUCAUAACUCACCGUGUUGGAAUGAGACUCUGCGUCUUAGUGUUCCCAUUGAAAAGUUCUCCAUAGCUCACAUCCGCUUCGAGUUCAGGCACUGCUCGACACGCGAGAAGAGCGAUCCCAAACUCUUCGGGUUUAGCUUUGCGCGGCUGAUGGAACCCAGUGGAGCCACUUUGGCGGACGGGAUGCACGAGUUGUACGUGUACAAGUGUGAGGAUCCCACGAAACUCAUCUCGGCGAGUUAUUUGAAGCUUCCAUGUUGGGCGAAUGACGAGCAGGCGCAGCAGGACAACAGUUCAGUGUUUCACAGGAGUUCGAAGGAGACACUGUACAUGAAGAGUCUACUGUGCUCGACGAAACUCACCCAGAAUGCCGACUUGCUGAGUCUACUUCAGUGGCGAACACAUCCGGAGAAGAUUCAGGAUGCUCUGACGCGUGUCCUGCGACUGAGAGAUGAGGAACUGGUGAAGUUCCUGCAAGAUGUCCUUGACGCUCUGUUUGCUAUGUUCUCCAAUGAGGAGGGUAACAGCACUGAACACUCAGGGCUGGUUUUCCACGUUCUCGUGAGCAUUUUCAGUCUCCUGCAGAGCAGCAAGUUUCAGCACUUCAAGCCCGUGAUUGAUGAGUACAUCGAGAAUCAUUUCGCAGCUGCGCUCGUGUACAAGGGAUUGAUCACGUCUGUGCAGCACUUGGCGGAGUGGAUGACAUCGGCGGAGCGUCCUGAACCCAUUCAGAAGUGCUUCGGAUCGCUGGAGUACAUCUUCAAGUUGAUCAUUCAGUCCAGGAAGUUAUUCUCUCGCGCUUCUGGUGGACAGUACGAGGAAUCGUUCAGGAGGGAUUUGUAUGCACUGUUCACCGCUCUCAAUCGGAUGCUAUCAGUGCCAUCUUACGAUGUGAUUUUGCUGACACAAGAGGCUCUGCUGCACUCCACGGGAAUCGUGCUGGAGCAGCUGAAGGGCACUCUUCCGCCGUCCGAAUUGGGCGUGCUUGCGAAGAAUAUGCUAGACGCUGUGCCGCGAGAUUCUCAACCGAGACUGAUUCAGGCGAAGAUGCAGGCAGUGAAGGAUCUCGUGUCUGGCCAACUCUUUCACGACGAUGAAUCGCGAUCCGUAAUCCUAUCAGUGGCGUGCAAACACCUGAGAAUUCAUCUGGCGCGCAGGGAUGAAUUGCGCCUGUGCAGUGAGAUUUUGGCUGAAAUUUUGACACACACGCACGAGCUGAAGAAGCAGCAAUUGGAGAAACCCUCGAAUACUCUGCAGCAUGAUCUGGACGCAUUGUCCACGAACAUCCUGGACAUGCUGAUGCAGGCGAUUAUGAUCAUCAUGGAGGGAUCGCCGACUGUCUUGUCGCCUCUCGUGGCGGUGAUGCUGGGAAUCCUGCAGCAAAUGGACGAAGUGCACUACAAACAUCUCUGGGAUGAAUUGAGCAUGAAUGGAGAGUCGAUGGAACUCAAGGACUUCCUCCAUCGCACUCUGGCUGUCUUCAAGGAGCUCUUGACGCAGGAUUGGCAAGUGUUUCCCAAUGAUUGGCUAGUGAUGAAGAUGGCAGCCAAUGAUGUGGUGCGAAAGGCACUUGAGGAGUUCGCGAAGCCAUUGGUUUAUCGCUAUCUUGGCCCCAGUAUCUUCGAUUCUCAGCUCUGGUGGGCUUACUUCAGCCUGGCUGUGUCCUUCCUCACGCAACCCUGUCUUCAGCUAGAGCAGUAUCACGAGACAAAAAGGCGGAAGAUUCUGCACGCUCACGGGGACAUGAGAGUGCUCAUGGGAUUCCAGAUUCUCAGCAUGUGGUCGCAAUUGGGCGAUCACAAAUUGCACUUUAUCCCGUCGAUGGUUGGACCGUUUCUCGAAGUGACUCUUGUGCCAGAACCUGCGCUGAGGAGAGCAACGCUGACUGUCUUCUAUGAUAUGAUGCAGUGUGAACAGGCCUCUCGAGGAUCCUUCAGACUUGUGGAGAGUGAAUUGAUAGACAAGCUAGAUCUGCUGAUUAGCGAGAACAAGGGUGAUGACGAAUAUCGUGAGCUCUUCAGCACAAUCCUCUUGGAAAAGGUCCAAAUGGAGGCGCCCACUUGGCAGGAAGCCGGCGCGGCCUUCAUUACUUCCGUAACGAGACUGCUGGAGAGACUGCUUGACUACCGGAGCGUGAUGCAGGGUGAUGAGAAUAGGGACAAGAGGAUGUCCUGCACAGUGAAUCUUCUGAACUUUUACAAGAACGAAAUCAACCGGAAGGAGAUGUACUUGAGGUACAUUUACAAACUCCUCGAUUUGCAUAUCCAAGCUGAGAACUACACAGAAGCGGGAUUCACGCUCAAACUGUACGCUGACAUGCUGAGUUGGGAUCGGGAAGCGCUCACUUUCUCACCGCAAGACAACAUUGGACAGCCAGAGUGGCAGCGAAAGGAGCAUCUUUAUCACGAGAUCCUGGAGUUCUUCGACAAGGGCAAGUGCUGGGAAAAGGGUAUUCCGCUGUGCAAGGAGUUGGCCACUCUUUAUGAGACUCGUCGCUUCGACUACAAUCACCUGAGUGAGAUCCUCAUUACGGAGGCGAAGUUCUUCCAGCAAAUUCUCACGCAGAUUCGCCCAGAGCCUGAGUAUUUCCGCGUGGGCUUCUACGGAAUGGGCUUUCCGCUGUUCGUGCGUAACAAGCAGUUCGUCUAUCGCGGGCUGGAGUAUGAGAGAAUUGGGGCUUUCACGCAGCGUCUGCAGACGGAAUUUCCUCAGGCGCAGAUCUUGACGAAGAACUCUCCGCCCGAUCAGUCGAUUCUCUCAGGGCCUGAGCAGUACAUUCAGAUCAGCAAUGUGCGUCCCAUCGCGGACCAUCCACACCUGAAGAGUGCAAUGGUGCCGGUCCCUGAGAAGAUUGCGCGAUACUAUCAGGUGAAUGACGUGACGAGAUUCCAGCACGACAGACCUGUCUAUAAAGGCGUUGUGGACAAGGAGAAUGAGUUCAAGAGUCUCUGGAUUGAGCGAACUACGCUGGACAUUGCUUGUCCUCUACCAGGAAUCUUGAGGUGGUUCGAAGUCACCGCCAGAUCCAUGCUCGAAGUCACGCCAGUUGAGUUUGCCUGUGAGACAAUGGGCAAUGUGGGGAAGGAAUUGUGGGAUCUGGUGGCGCAGUAUCGAACGGAUCCGCGGAAGAAUAUCAAUCCCUUCACAAUGCGUCUGCAGGGCAUCAUUGAUGCCAACGUGAUGGGCGGAAUCAGCAAGUAUCAGGAGGCAUUCUUCACGGACACCUUCAUGAAGUCUCCGCAAGGACAGGGUCAGGCGUCGAAUGUGCAGAAGCUGAAGUGUUUGAUUCUGGAGCAGGUUCAAGUGCUGGAAACGGCGCUGGAGCUGCACGGUCAAUUGGCACCGGCGUCUGUUCAGCCUCUUCACAAGCGUCUCCUGGAGCGCUUCUCACAGAUGAAGCAGAGUUUGUCAGGAUUGGGUAAACUCAAGCGUCAGCAUUCUGAGAGUAUCGUCAACACACCACUUCCGCCGCUGCCAAUUGAGAAGCGCGCCAUGAGUCUGGGCAAUGCGGGGAUUUACGAGCAGGAUGACAUCUACACGAGGCCUGCGGAUGGAACCAGACCAGUUCCUGUCAGUGGCAAUCGAGAGACGCUUGGGCUGCUUGAGAUUGUUCCAGCCAGUCAGAAUGGCGUUCAUUCGCCGGCGCCGCCAAUCCCAGCACGGCCAAAGUCAGCUGGUUACGUGAGUCUGAGCGAGAGUCCGGAGGUUCCGCCGAAGAGGGAUGGCAGCAAGGGCUCUCCGAAUGCUCCACCUCUACCGCCACGUGGCUACACGCCCGACAAGAGGGCGUCCAAUCCCAUUCCAUUCGCCGAGUGCGAUCAGCAAGCGCCGAAUAUUCCUCGGCGAUCGCACAAAUAUUCCGUGGUGGACAUCAGCUUCGAUGACUCGGAUACGAGUGAGCAGAACAACCACGAUUCCGUGGACUUCCGCGACUCAGGCAUCUCCACGAGCAGCACGGAUCUCAAUCAGCUGAACAAUUUGAACGCCUAUGAGGAGUACCACGUGCGCGGCCAUCACAAGACCAGCUCCAAUCCGGAAGUGCUGAACAUCCAGGCGGCGGAGCUUCUGUCCCUGGCCGCGGGACUCGUGGGUUCGGGUAGUCUGGACGGCGUCUGCACGCCGCCGCCGAUUCCACCGAAGACCAACAGCAUCAAUUCCAACUCCAAUCACAGCCUCGAGAGGAUCACGGGUGGCGCCAACUCCGACGGCUACUGUGUGCCAAAGAACUCCGUCUCAUGUGACUCUUCCGUCGAUGGCAAUUGAAUCUCCACCGGCAAGUAGUGCUUUUUCCCCUUUUGUCGCGCAUUAAGUCUCCCUGAAGCCCUCAGACUGGACACGAAAGACACUUCAGAGCAUUCUCUUCAGUUCAAGAUGAUACGUAAAAAGCCCACCGUGCAUUUCUGCAUGUGCAAAUCUAAUUUGUUUCGCCGAAAAAUAUGGUAGAAACCACAAAGUUUCCUUAAAAAAUCUCACUACUCCACUGAUUAGCCACUAUUCUUUCCAGUCUGAGUGUGCAUUUCCCCUUUUCCUCUUGUGCUUCCGUGAAAAGAGACCCCAUCAUCGAAAAGACCAAAUAUUAAGUAACCAGGCGACAAGACAGAGAUUCUGCUGUCCCGCAUUAUUUGUAGAAAAGAAAAAUACAAUUUGUGCAAUUUGUACGUGUCUCUGCGCAUCUGCAUAAUCUAUACACACUGUCUUAAAUUUAUCGUGUAACUCUUUUUCUAAUGGUGUUUGCGAGAGCUGAGGAGUGGAGAUGAAGUAGACUAGAACCCUAGGUCAUCUCUAUACAAUGGCCAGAAUGGUUUCCCGAGCAGGUCCAGUCUUUCUCGCUCAAUUCGACCAUUGAAUUGCAUGCAAUCAGUUGCGCACAACCACUUUUUCGUGACCCUCUUUGAAUCUCCAGCAAUUCUUCUCCAGCUUCUCAGCUCAGUUGUGAGUUUAUAAUUCAUGUGGAACAGGCAAAAAAGUCCCAGAGGAUCAAAAAAAAUUGUCUCAAGUAUCGUCCUUAAGGGAUAAUUUAUACGAAAAUGGAAAUUGUAAGGCAUUUAUGUAAUUUGAUAUUUAAACAUUACCUAGUCAAGGAAAGAUGAGGAACAAAUCAGUAAAUAAAGUAUGGAUGGAAUUUAAGGAA